AAUGACAUAUUAGUACAGAAAUCUGUAAUUUUAUGACAACAUAACCUAUAAGAUUAAAUAAAUAACUAAUAAAUCAAUAAGUUCAUAAAAUUAUCAAAAUAAACGUGAUAAAUGGAAGAAAAGAAGUCAAAUUCUUUAGAUAUAGAUGGCCAAAAUUUCAAUCCUAAUUUAUACCUCGAAAAAUUAUUUAAAGAAUGUUCCCUUCGGCAAGUAAUGGAUCACGAAGCAGAAGUAGUAAAAGACACCCAAACUUUACAUUCAGAUAUGCAAACUUUAGUCUAUGAAAACUACAAUAAAUUUAUAUCAGCAACAGAUACAAUAAAAAAAAUGAAAACGGAUUUUAAAAAAAUGGAAACUGAAAUGGAUCUUUUAGCUUCAAAUAUGGAUUCGAUAACAUCGUUUUCUGAUCAAAUUUCGACCACACUACAAGGAACUAGACAGCAAAUAAGUAAAUUAUCCGGUGUUCAUACCCUUUUAAAGCGAUUACAAUUUCUUUUCAAACUUCCUUCAACUCUAAAAAAUCGUGUUGAAGAAAAAAAUUAUGCACAAGCUGUUCAAGAUUACUUACAUGCACAAAGAGUGUUAACACAGUAUGGAAAUAUGGCUUCAUUUAAAGGAAUACAAAGUGAUUGCGAAGUGAUUUUAAAGGAAUUAAAAAUUAAAUUGAGAGGAAAAUUUUCCAAUGCAGAUGCAACGGCUAAAGAAUUGGCCGAAUCUGUUGAUUUAUUAUUACAACUUGAUGAACCAGCUAGAGAAUUGUGUAUGGAAUUUUUGUGUUGCGCUGAAAAACGUCUCGGCGAACAAUUAGUUUUAUUAAGGGACCAAUCUGAACAAAGAGAUAUUACAGAAUUUGUUGAUUUGGGUUGUACAGGUUUUUUAAGUGAUUUAUGUUUGGUUGUUGCAUCAUUUCAUGAUAUGUUUAUUAAUCGAAUGAAUGAAAAUGAUGAUGAUGUCGAAAAUAGCGAAAUUUUUGAAAAUUUUGCUGCAAAAGAAUUAAAUUCAUUUAUUUUACAAAAUAUGAAAAAGUAUUUUGAUCUAGUUAAAAAUAAAGUUGAUUCCGAACAAGACAACGGAGACACCGUAGUUUUGGUGAACGCUUUAGACCGAUUUUUUCGACGAUUACAAGCCAUGAACACGUUAUGCAGAAACGUAGAUUUUUCAGAGAAAGGUAUUGAAAUUAUCAUAAACGCAGGUAAAAGACAGUGUAAAAUGCAUCUUAACCUGUUAAAAAUGCAUUUUGCUGAAUCAAUGACGAAAGUUCGUCAAUCUUUAAACACGACGAAAUUAAUUACGCAAGAUAAAGAUGAUAAAAAUUUGAAUGAACUUUUAGUUUCGUUGAUGAUGACGAUCGUUGAAAAGAUUAAAGGAGUUUUGCAAGAUCUUGUGGCUUUUAUUCAACCGGAUGUGACGUUCGCUCAAAAGGCUCAAUUUCGAGAUAGUUUUUGUGUUGAUAAUGUUCGAGAGGGGCUCAUUGUAUGUUUUAUUCACCACUUAACAGCAACUGCUAGAAGUUUUUGUUCCAAUAAUACAAUGGAUAUUAAGAAUCCACCCACCUUAAUGUUAUUAUUAUCCAAAUUUUGUAUUGAUUUCCAAACUGGAAAUAUUCAUUAUUUGUUAUCGAAAACUGAUGAAUUAUUCGGAAUUAAUUCAAAAGGCACAAUUGCUUUAACUAAAGAAUCUGAAAUUAACACGACAAUGCAAGAAUCCGCUCAAGAACUGUUAAAUUAUUAUGUUCGUAUACAAGGUUUAAACGUUUCACAAAUGUUACGUAAAAGUGUUGAAACUCGAGAUUGGUUACACACAAUUGAGCCAAGAACUGUUCGUGCUGUUAUGAAACGUGUUGUUGAAGAUAUAGCUGCAAUUGAUUCAACUGUAGCUUUGUUAUAUGAAGAUCAAGGGAAUAAUACUGAACAUAGCAGCGAUUCAAGUCGAAAAACACACAGUAUUUCUGUUUCACGUCAUCAAUAUAAAUCAAAUUGGUCAACCUAUACACCAAACCACUUAGAUUCAACUCUAGUAUCGAACAUGCAUAAAUUGUUUAGUGAAAGGAUCGAAAUUUUUUCAACGGUCGAAUUUAAUAAAGUUUCUAUUUUAACUGGGAUCAUAAAAAUUAGUUUAAAAACGUUUAUGGAAUGCGUCCGAUUAAAAACUUAUAGUAAAUAUGGAUUACAACAAAUUCAAGUUGACACUCAUUAUUUACAAUUGUAUUUGUGGAGAUUUGUUGCUGACGAAAAUUUGGUUCAUUUCUUGUUGGACGAAAUUUUGGGCUCUGCUGUUCAUCGUUGUUUAGAACCGGUUUUAAUGGAACCAAGUGUUGUUGAUAUUAUAUGUGAAAGGGGAUAAAACACUUAAAAUCAAUAAUUUAACAAAUUUUAUUAUUAAUAAAUGCUUAAUUUACGAAUAUAUUCAUUCCCAUUUA